UGUCAACUGUCAUCGAAAAAAAUGACGUUUCUAUAAUUUUGCGAAUAAAAAAAAAUAGCCUAAAAACUGCACACAAAUGUAUCAAACGUAAUUUUUUAUACUAAAUACAUAAACAAAAAAUGUGGGUAAUGUUUUACUACCUCAAAAAUAAACCGGCUUAUUGAUGUCUUUUCGAAGUUUCCUUAAGUCGCUCCUUUUUGGUGUACCAAUCGGUGUAACGUUUUUGGACUCGGUGGGAUAUGUAGCGAGGGUCGAAGGCAUUUCCAUGCAGCCCGUGCUGAAUCCGGAGUCAAAAAACACAGACUAUGUCUUUUUAUCACGAUGGUCCGUCAGUGAUUACCAAAUAAAAAGAGGUGAUAUAAUAUCUUUAGUUUCACCUAAGGAUCCUAAUCAGAAGAUUAUAAAGCGCGUAGUAGCUUUGGAAGGUGAUGUUGUGAGCACACUUGGAUAUAAGACCAAGUAUGUGAGGGUCCCUGAAGGUCAUUGCUGGGUGGAGGGUGAUCACACUGGCCAUACUCUCGACAGCAAUACCUUUGGUCCGGUCUCGCUAGGCUUAGUUAGUGCUAAAGCUGUGUGUAUAGUGUGGCCGCCAGAGAGAUGGCAGAACUUAGAAACUAAAUUGCCGGAGAAUAGAAAGCCCAUUAGUAUAGCUAUAUGAUCCUAGCAACCAAAUAGAUUUUACAAUGAUCAAAGUACUAACUUUAGCUUUUUAAAGAAUUGUAUAGAUCUGUGAAUUGUACAAUUUAAUUUAACUUCAUUGUGUUGCUUAUAACUAAUUAUUUAUUGAAUUUCUGUGCUUAAUUGUUGAAAGAAAUAAAUUAAAAAGCUUAAGAUACAUAACAUCUCAUGAAUUUAUAUUUAGGAAUAAAGUUUUUUUAAAUCAA